AUGAAAUCAGCUUCCAGCAACGACACGUACCUCGAGCUCCAGCCAACACGGCAGUCGGUGAUGGCUCCGGACACAGAGCAUCUGGUUCCGAAUCGGAAAGACACUAUCAAAUAUGCAAAGUCGCUGUUCCCCAUCUCGACAUGGAUCUACCGCUACAACUGGACCUGGCUCCUCGGAGAUUUGGUUGCCGGCAUUACAGUCGGUGUUGUGGUUAUUCCUCAGGGUAUGGCCUACGCAAAGCUGGCCACGCUAUCACCAGAAUUUGGUCUUUAUUCGUCAUUUGUCGGCUGUGCCCUCUACUUUAUGUUCGCUACCAGCAAGGACAUCACUAUUGGCCCGGUCGCCGUGAUGUCUAUCCUGCUUGGAAAUGCCUUAAACGAUGUGGUGCCGGACUUGCCAGAGUACUACCAGGAGAGGCGGUGGCUACUGAUUCCGCUGCCUGCCAUCGCCGCCUUCAUGACCGGCUCGGCUAUAAACAUUGCCAUGGGGCAGGUACCAGGAAUGCUCGGUAACAACACAGUCAAGGGAUACGACACACGCGAGGCGACGUACAAGGUGUUUAUAAACUUCUUCCGCUAUAUUAAGCACUGCAACAUCAACGCUGCUGUUGGCCUGUCCGCGCUGAUCAUCCUCUACCUGAUUCGCUGGUCGUGCCAGAAGGCCGCAUGGCGGUGGCCACAGCAUGAGCGUAUGUUCUUCUUCCUGAGCACACUGCGCACAGCCUUUGUUAUUCUGCUCUACACGCUGAUUUCGUUUAUUGUCAACCGUAACCACCGCGACGAUCCCAAGUUUGCUAUUCUGGGCAAAGUUCCCAAGGGGUUCCAGCACAUCGAGCUGCCCCAGGUAAACAUAACGCUUGUGGAUGCGCUCAAGAGCAAGAUCCCACCGACAGUCAUUGUGCUGAUCAUCGAGCACGUUUCGAUCUCCAAGUCCUUUGGACGGCUUAGCAACUACGCCAUCAACCCGAACCAGGAGCUGAUUGCCAUCGGUAUUUCCAACAUUUUUGGCCCGUUCUUUGGCGCAUACCCCGUCACUGGCUCGUUCUCUCGUACUGCCAUCAAGUACAAGGCUGGUGUGCGCACGCCGCUUGCUGGCGUCUUCACCGCGCUGAUGAUUGUGUUUGCUAUCUUUGUGCUGCCGCCCAUGUUCUACUAUAUCCCGAACGCGCAGCUUGCUGCUGUCAUCAUCCACGCUGUCGGCGACCUGAUUUCGGCACCACGCACAAUCAUGGCUUUCUGGCGCAUUUCACCGUUCGAGUUCCUAAUUUUCUGGGCCGGCGUCACUGUCUCCCUGUUCUCGACCAUCGAUACUGGUAUUUACACAACCGUGGCGCUGUCAGCUGCGCUGAUGCUGUUCCGCAUCGCCAAGGCUCAGGGCAAGUUUGUCGGCCAGAUCAAGGUCUACGAGCAGCAGUUGAUUAGCGAGGACAACCAAAUGCCCCAGGAACGGCAUGUCUAUAUCCCACUUGAUCACUCGGAUGGUACUAACCCGUCAGUCAAGCCAAAGCCUCCACCCAACGGCAUCUUCAUCUACCGCAUGAGCGAGGGCUACCUGUACCUGAACGCCGUGCAUUUCACCGACCUUCUGGUAAAGGAGAUAUUGAAGCAGACACGGCCAGGCGUAGUUAACCCGUACGGAUCGCUUGGAAACCGGCCUUGGAACGACCCGGGACCUCGUCACAAGACAGAGUCCGACAUCGACAUCGGAGUCUCCAACGUCGACAUCACCUCGAUCCAGAAUCUGAUUGAUGUGCGCCGCCAGCUCGACCAGCAUGCUGACUGUGCAGUUGCAUGGCACUUUGCUGGUGUCAAGUCGCCGUGGAUCCGCCGUGCUCUUGUUUCGAGCGGCUUUGGUGCCUCAUCGACAAUGACCCGCACUAUCUUCAGCGUGCAGCUUCAGCACGAUCCCGCUGCCCUACUCAGUGCCAACCAUCCAAACUUCCACAUCGACCUUGACGAAGCACUCAAGGCGACCGAGCAGGAGCUGAGGAUGUACCAGGACUAUUAG